UCCGUAUUCACUUCGACUUCUAGCUCGAUUUCGGGUGUAGGCGGCCAGGCUAUCAAGACGGGUGGUCUAGGAUGGGUUCCCGAUCACAGCUCACCUCGCCCAUUGACGUCACGCAUCAGGUCAACGGCCCCUAAUGCGCCUUCACGUCGAGUUGUGCUUCGGAGGGGGUGGCUCUCGACCGCUCAUAUGGGUGGUAUAAGAUGUGAUCUCUCCGCUUUGCUUCCUCUUCAUCGUCCGUUCUUAAACUUUCUCCGUUUUCGGGUUUAUCUCUUUCGAAUUACUUCAGUUUGAUCUCGAUGCCUCUCCGUGGUCUCUGUUCCUCCGCCCAGGGCCGCACUCUUGCCCACGCUGCUGGCAAGGGAGGUUCUGCAUGGUAUCCCCUAUUCAUCCACGUUGCAUGGGACCAGAAUAGCUCCUCAUCCCUGGAAUCUUCCGUCAAAGCAGGCUGCUUCUUCUGCAAGCAGUUUUGGGACAGUCUCUCUGAGCAGCACAAGGAUGUGAUUCGCGGCCCAAAGUUCUCCGACGUCAUCGUGGCCAUCUUCUGGGACAGAAAGGAGCGCCGCUAUACCACGAUACAUUUCGUCCUCGGCUCGGAGUUCGACAUCUGCGAAGAGCUGGUGACAGAUACCUUUGAGCUCCUACCCUACCAAGCUGAUACCCAACGUAUAUCCUGUUUCGAGGAGCUCCUUCCUCGCUGGAUGGCUAAUUGUAAAACUCACCACGUUGCACUCUGCGGUUCUCCAUGCCAGCCCUCAUGGCUUCCCACACGCCUAAUCGACAUUGGGGAUAGCGCCUCUGCAGCAGCGCCUCGUCUGGUCGGGAAGGAAGAGGUGGCUUCUUUCGAUUGCGCUUACGUGGCUUUGAGCUACUACUCUACGGAGAUGGAUUUCACGUCGCUCAACACGUCGAACAUAGAGCUGUUCAGGACUGAUCUUCCGCUGAUGGACCUCCCUAUAUUGUUUCACUAUGCAAUAGUCGCGACUAAGAUGCUCGGAUACCGGUACCUUUGGGUAGAUGUGCUGUGCGUCAUUCAGGAUUCGCAACAUGAUAUGCUGAGCGAGAUGCCCACGAUCGGACUGGUCUAUCAGCAUUGCGCCUUGAACAUAGCAGCAACGUCGGCUGAAGAUGUGCACCAGCAUCUGGCUCUUGGAUGCUCUGCCGGGCCCAUCCCGCCGUGCGAGAUAGCAUUUUCGGAUGGCGACCUCAAAAAGCCUUGCUUCUUCCGUUACAACGCGGUUCCGGAGAAUAUUUGGCGCUCUGGGCUGCGUCAGACUCGCCUUGGUCGGCACGCUGCCUUCUUUCAGGAUCAACUUUGCCCCCCCAGGACGCUACAUCUCGGUAAAGAAAUAUACUGGGAGUGUAGAGGCCUCAAAGCGUGCGAGUCGGCUCCGCAUGGUCUUCCCGAUCGCAUGAUCCGAGACCCUUCCAACGAGAACAUAGGGGACAAGGACUUGCGAUUGAUCAAGAGCUCACCGAAUACUUCAACCCUUAAGUCCUAUAAUCCACCAGACCAGCAACUCGCCGACCGCUGGCAUGAAGCCUGGCGCCUGGUUGUCAGCGUUGCUCUGGCAUUUCAAGAGGUCCUUAACGACAAAUACGUUGCUGGACUGUGGCUAGGAGAUUUGAUGAACAGUCUGCUGUGGCACGUUGAUGGGCCCUUCCAUCGCGGCUUGCCUAAGGCUUUCCGUCCGGAGACAUACUGCGCUCCCACUUGAAGUUGGGCUUCUGUCGAUGGCGUCGUUAGCCACAUUUCGGCUGCAGAGCUGGGCGGCACCUGGGCGAAAAUCGUGAGGGUAGAGACCUUCCCAGUACAGUCGAAAUUUCCUACUGGACAAGUCAGCGGUGGCUUUCUUUGGUUGCAUGGUCGGCUGAUCAAGAUUCCCGCGCCAACCAACUUCUGCACGCGCGGUG